UUAUUUUGAAAUUUAGCAGGAAAAGGGGUUUGUCGUGUGUUUUCUGCUGGCUUUGAUAAGGAUGUGGGAUCCACGGGAGGAGACAGGAGUUUGACAGGCUAAUUUUCCUCUUCAUAUGGCAACAGAGUCGGUGAAAUGUACGUGUGUCUGGCUGCUGUUGUGGCUCUGUGUCCGGCUGUCCCAGACCACAAAUACCCGAGAGUCUAUGGACGAUGACAUCCUGCUGCCGUACACACAAGGCCACGGCCCCUCCCACUCUCAUCGCUAUGUCAGGGAUUGUCAGCCCAUCAUUCAUGGCAACACCACCUAUGAGAGUUGGGCCUCGAGUAACCGCAGCGGGCAGCCGGUUGCUGAGGCCAAGUUGUUUGUGUCGAAUAUUCCGGGGAGCUCCAGAAUUGUUUAUGGACACAUGACAGUGGUCAACGACCCCCUGAGGACGGUGUCUGUGUUGGAGCCAGGGGGGCCAGGCGGCUGCGAAAUGAGAGUGAGGGCAACAGUACGAGAGACGGCUGAAGCGGCUGAGUGCCUGUAUGCGCAAAAUGCUGGUUUCUUCAAUACAGGAACAAAGGAGUGUCUGGGAAACGUGGUGAGCAACGGCAGGGUGGUGCGGGACAGUGGAGGACUGCAAAAUGCCCAGUUUGGAAUCAGAAAAGACGGCAGCCUAGUGUUUGGGUAUCUAUCUCAGGAUGACGUUUUGGAUCAGUCCAAUCCGUUUGUCCAAUUAGUCAGCGGGGUGGUGUGGUUACUGAGAAACGGCGAGAUUUACAUCAAUGAGAGCAUUGAGGCCGAGUGCAACAAGACACAGGAAACAGGGGGUUUCCACACUUUUGUGGAUGUAGUUUCAGCGAGGACGGCAGUGGGCCACGAUGCAGAGGGAAGGUUAAUCCUGUUUCAUUUUGAUGGACAGACAACAGCACGAGGUUUGAGUCUUUGGGAGAUGGCUGAUUUCCUGAAGGAGCAUGGAGUGAUCAAUGCCAUUAAUCUGGAUGGGGGCGGAUCUGCCACCUAUGUUAAAAAUGGCGUUUUGGCCAGCUAUCCAUCUGAUCAUUGUAUUCCAGAUAACAUGUGGCGCUGUGAGCGAAAGGUCUCCACCAUCUUGUGUAUCCAUAAAAGACUAUGCCAGCCAGCAAACUGCAGCGAGCACGGUGACUGUGUGGACGGACACUGUCUGUGUCAUGAUGGUUGGCAGGGUGCUGCUUGUGACUCUUUGGUGUGUCAGCCAUUAGCUUGCCAACCCCAUGGCAUCUGUACUGCCAAUGGCUGUGUCUGUGAUGCUGGUUGGAGAGGAAAGAACUGCAGCCAAGAGUGCCCCGCUGGUUUCUAUGGUGACGGCUGCAAUCAGACCUGCUCUUGUGUUAAUGGCGGUUCCUGUGACCCCGUCCACGGACGCUGCACCUGCCCUCCAGGUUUCCAUGGCAACUACUGUGAGCAAGUGUGUCCUCUGGGUUUCUACGGUCUGUCCUGUGCUCAUGAGUGUCAAUGUGAGGAUCGGUGUCCAUGUGACCCACAAACAGGAAGCUGCAACACCACACUGCCAGGAGGCACCAACUACACCUUACACACAGCUGGACACUGCCUGGCUAGAAAGAUGUUUAUAUCUUGGAGGCGAGAAGAAGACGCUUACAGAGAGCGGCCUUAUUUUACAGAGCGAACGUGGCUGAUCAUCACCCUCACCCUGGCUACUGUCCUCUCAGCCAGCCUGCUGGUUCACCUCGUACAGGCCUGCCGUGCCGUUUCAGUGGCAUCUCACUUUCCCGAGCGCAAGGAUUAUUCGUACGUCCCUCUGAACAACAUCAACGGAGUCACUUCAUGUGCCAGAGGCAACACUGAGAGAGCUGAGAAAGAGGAUUUUCAAUUGGAGGACUCGGACUCUCAGGAUGAAAUUUGGUCUUCCUCACACUCAGGGCAGUCGUAGCUGUCAAGAGGACCAAGGAUAGUGAGUGAAGACAGUUAUCGCACAAAAAGACAACGCUGAACUCGGUAAUCCUCUGCUUUAUUUGCUCUUCUUAUCAAUGACAGGUUUCUAUCAACACUCCUGAUAAAAUGAAACUGAAACUAAAGGACAAAGCACAGCAGCUUUAUUGCAGUCUUUAACCCACAUACAUGCCUAAGGUUUUUGUUUACAGCUAUGGAACUUGAUCAGCAAUCUGAAUGUCUCCAUUCCAGCUAAACUCCAGCAAAACCACAACUUGAAAAGUUGUGGUUUUGUGAAGAACUUUAAACUCUUGUCAGGAAUCUGUAUUACAAGAUCGCAUUAAUGGGUUAUCUCACUUAAAUGUCAGUUAAUUAUCUUUCCCCUUAGUAUAAAACAGAUAUUUUUUCAUAGCUGACUUUUUAGAAUCAGAUUUAAUUUGAACGCAUCAGCAGUAUUUUUAAGGUCAGUGAAGCUAUGUAACCAAAGAACACCCAGACUGUUGAGCUUACUUUAUGAUACUGAUUCCUGAUAGGACGAAUUUCUCCGCGUGUUGCAAUUUAAUCAGAUGAAGAAGACGAAGAUGAAAACGUUUGAUGUUCCAAGCAAAAUGUGGUUCAAUCAGACAAUUUUUAAACAAGAUGAUAGAGUUUACUCAAUUUGCACUGAGCUACAUGUUUGAAUUUCAAAUAUCUAUGAGAUAAAUGUGAAUAAUACCUUUGAAUUUCUGUGUAGAAAGGUGCCAAUUUUAUAUUAAAUGUUAUUAAGAAAAUUAUUACUAUGUCAUUUAUAAGCAUAAUCACCCAGAGUGUAUUUAUGAGAUGACUUAUUUUUGUUUUAAGCAAAAUAAAGUAAAUAUCACGUU